GGUUGUGGCUCUCUCUCUCUCUCUGUCUUUCUCUUUCUUUCUUACAUUACAUGCACCCACUAGACCCACCCAACUGGCACUUUUGAUUCAUUCACAUCGAGAGUCGAAUGGGGGAGGAUGAGGACAAAACUAGUCUAGGAUUUGAGUCUGAUUCUCUUUGUUCUUUCCCACUCCCUUUAGUUCUAUCCUUCUUGAUCCAUCACCCAAGUAUAGGGAAACAUAUCACUUCAUCAUCUACAGAUUUACUGUUACCUGCCCUUUUUUUUUUUAGGUUUUGUUUUUUUGAAAGGAGAGCCCCCGGGGUGGGGGGACUUACUUCUUUUCUUGAUAAAAAGGAGCCAGAGAUUGAGGGAUAAGGCAUUCAGAUUGGUGGGUUUUCUUUUGAGGAGAAAAAAAAAUGAAUGUCUUGGCCUCAGAAUGUAGUAGUGGGUGUGAGUCUGGUUGGACUAAUUACUUAGAACAGUCUUUUCUAUCUACAAAUCCUCCGCAUAAAGGUCAUGGUUUAAGGGAUAGAAAGAGUGGCUUUUAUGAUGAACAUAGAGAGAAUAGAGGUAAAGAAGAGGUUGAUGAUGUUGUUGAAGAAGAAGAAGACCUUUCCAUGGUUUCUGAUGCAUCUUCUGGGCCUCCACAUUUCUAUGAAGAUAAUGGUUACUUCAACCAUGAUAAUCAAUAUCAUCAGUAUACCGCAUCCAAAGGUGCUUCAUUGAAUAAUAAUGCUGGCAAAAGACACAGAAACAAGGAGUGUCGAAGAUGCCGGGAAGAUCAGGAACUGCCUUCUUUUCUUGAUGAUACAGCCAGCUCUCCUCUCAUCAAUUUCUCCAAGAAUAAUUUUGCACACACCAAUAAUCAAGCUUCAAUGGAGAGUGUCUUUGAUUGUUCCCAGGGGUUCUCUGCAACACACUUUCAGGGAGGACCUGCAUUCCAAGACCACUUUGGUUUUUUACAGUUUUCUCCAUCUGGAAACCGGCUACAAAAUAACCAUUUGAAAUAUCACCUCAUUGGAAGUUUCAAAAUUGACAGGUCGUUUUAAGGAAAGAGAAUGGACUGGGGAUGGGAUAAGGUGCAUGGUUAAGUUUCUAAAUAUCAGCCUGCUCUUGCUGCUACUGGAUCUGUGGCUCUAAAAAGAAAUGGAAGAAGGCUUGCCAAAGUUAAAAAAAAAAAAAA